UGCUAUUCGCGGGCGCGCGUAAGAAAAAGAAUAUUUUUUUGACAAAUUUAGUUUCAGAUUUCGCGAAGUUUUUUCGUCUUUAAAAUGAACACUGCGCUUCAAGUUUGGGAUGGCGAACUCUCGGUGAUAACGACACCACCACCGCGUGUUUCAGUUCCGACAGAUGUCGUUAUAAAGGUCGCUUAUUCUGGAGUUUGUGGCACAGAUUUACACGUGCUAGCGAAGGAAUUUCCUUGCGCGAAGUCGGUCGUCCUAGGACAUGAGUUCAGUGGGGUUGUCACGGAAAUUGGAAGCGAAGUGAAGCAUUGCUCAGUUGGAGAAAGGUCAGGAGAAAAUAUAUACUUGUACUGUUAGUUUGUGUAUAAAUGUUUUUGUGUAGCUAGCCACCUCCCCCCCCCCCCCCGGAAACGAUGCUAAAAGUAAAUAUUGCGGGGGGGGGAGGGGUGUUCGUAUUAGAAUUGUUCUAAUAAUAUCUUGAAUGUUGAAGAUGCAACUACCUGAAAAAUAUUGACCAACUUUUGAUGUUGAUGUUUCUGACAACGGUCUUUUCUGACUUCUAAAUAAAUGCCAUCAAUGUUUGUUUGAUAUUUUUCAAAAAUCUGUCGACCACCAUCGUGAAUAAUACGGUUUUGCAAAAGUCUUGUAAAGAUCGUUUAUAGCUAAUCACUUUAAGUUUAAACUCGGAUUAAUUCAAUAAUUAUUACUUUAGAAGUUCAAUUAGAGCUAAUUAUAUCUCUAAUUAUGGGGUAUGAUCAGAACUAAUCUCAGUUAAAUUUUAAUGAAACCUGAUUGCAACCAAUUACACCUCAUUAGCUGUCAAUGGACAGCUAUUGUCAUGCCUGUAAGACUGCUAAUAAGAAAUAUGUCUUAGUUGGGAAGAUUUUAAAUGACUGGAGAAUAAAGACAACAUACUGCUGUAUAUUUUGCAGAGUGGUUGUAAACCCAAAUUCCAGUUGUGGAAAAUGUCACUACUGUUUUAAAGCCCAGCCUCAUUUUUGUCCAGUUGGUGGACUCAAUUCCACCAUUGGUCUUUGGCGUAAUGGCGGUUGGGCGCACUUCUGCCGAGUCCCUGCCUCGCAAGUUCAUCCGAUUCCAACACAGAUCACUCUGGAAGCGGCUGUAUUUGUCGAACCUAUCUCGUGUAUCCUCCAUGGCUGGGAUCAGCUGGGCUCGUUACCAACAGAUGCAGAUAUCCUGAUUUGUGGUACCGGGAUCAUUGGGUUGCUUUUUGCAAGCAUAGCCCAUUUCAAAGGUUAUCGUAGGGUUAUCCUAACCGAGAUAUCGGAACAGCGCCGAGCUCUGGCCUCUGGGAUGAAGUUGGGUUACAAUAUCGUUCACCCGGAAAGCCUUGAGAUUCUAUACAAACGAGGAAUCACCAAUAACGAUGUCACUUGGGGUUUCGACACAAUCAUAGAUUGCACUGGUUCACCAGAAGCUAUCCAACAAGCAUUUAACUGGCUUCGCCAUGGAGCCACCUUUUGUGUCUUUGGCUGUUGUUCUAAAACUUCCGAAAUUAAAAUCAAUCCAUUUGAUAUAGUUUUUAAAGAACUAAAGAUGGUUGGAUCGCUUAUUAACCCGUUCACCUUCCCAAGAGCCAUACAACUAGUCCAAGACAUGGCCAAGGAUUAUUUGGGCUACAAGAAGUUGGGGGUUGAAAUGUUUAAACUCGAAGAUUAUGCCCAAGCACUGUCAACCUUGAAAAGUGGAAAGAUCUCGAAAGCUGUUUUUGAAAUUUGAGACUGAUCAUUUUUGUGAUAAUUGUGCUGUGAUAGAGGGGCUUGAAAUUUUCAGUAUCAUGAUACACAUAAAGUAGCAGCUUUUAAAUUUCAGUACUGGACAAUGACACGGCAGCUUAGUAAUACAGUACUUUAUUUUUGCUUUUGCUUGUAACUGCUGUCUGCAAUAUCUACUAUCCAAAUCAGGGAUACUAGAUUAGAUUUCCUGGGUGGAUACCAAAUUUGAAGUCACUAACAUGCCAUUGUAUUGUGCUGAAAAUUUCAAGCCCUGUUGUAAUCUGUAGAUAGGGAAGUUUAUAAUUUGGAAUUAUUUUGGUAAUUGAUCAGAAUGAAUUAGAUUUAGAGUCGAUAUAACAAAUAUAAGACUAUAUAACAAAUCAUCAACACAUACAUACCUCUCCCACAGUGGAAAUUGGGAGUGGUAUAAGGGUUGCCUCUGGGGAACUGUAAAUAAUGAGAUCAAGAAAAUAUGAAACAUAAUCAUUCAUUACAAUCAGUCAAUCAAUCAAUGUAUAGUAGUCAUAGCCUAAGGAGUUACACAGUAAUAUCAAUUAAAUACAAAAUAUUAUUUUCUUGCCAUACUAGAUUCUUUGCAUCCUAUGUUAUUCUAAUGUUACAGCUGUAAUAACAGAUUUAUGGGCUGAAAAUGGAACAGUUGACUUGAUGUUAUUCAUCAUAUAUCCUUCAUCAUUUGUUGUAUUAUUGAAUUAAUCAUUUUGUUCAUACUAAGUUACUAAUAACUAUUCCUUAUUCCAUUCUAUCCAUAAAUCUGUUAUUAUUUUGGGUUUUCAAACUUAAAAUAUUAUUUUCAAUACAAAUCAACUGGAUAAAACUUUUUCAUGUGUGUUUCUGGUGUUAUGUACUCAGGUGAAGAUAUAUGUAGAGGAUUGGUUCAAUUCCCACCAUAGUCAAGCAAACCUUUCAGCUUGCCAGGUGUGGAUACCCUCACAGACAACAUCACAAGCAUAGAUGAAACUGUUAUUUGUUUUUCAUCCUUUUGCUUCCACCUCCAACGAUUUUCAAGUUUCAGACUCGCAUGUCUUAGGUUAGUCUCUGGUCUGUAAUGAUGGCCCUAGUAUAUAUACAACAUGUUUUUCGUAAUUUCUUAUCCUAAGCCCUGCUCACUAUUGACAGCUAUUAUCCACAAUUAUAUUAAGAUGAUAGACAAGGGCAAAUCUGUUUUUACCAUAAACACAGCUACAUCUAAUUGUUGCUCUGUGAAAUUGGAAAACAGAGCUUUUGACUUACGGCUCGUUCAAACGAGACCAACAUUUGUGGAUGCAACAUUGUUGGUGUUGUCUGAACACUAUGUUGGUUGAUAAUGGAUCAGGUUUAACUAUGUUUAAAAUUUCCAUCCUACAUUGUUUACAUUGAUGUUGGACUCGUUUGAAUGGGGCUGUAUUGCAAUGAGUUAACCUAUUCCUCAGCAUCCACUAAAUCCAACUUUCCUGCAGACUAAAACUCUGAAUCAGAGUCCAGUAACAUAGUCUCUUCAGAAUACCCAUUCUUAGUAUACACAACUUUAGGCUGCGGACUUGUUGCACUUUCUUCAUCUGUCUGAACCGGCAUCCCACCUGCGUAUUGUUGAUACGACCGAGAAAAAUUAUGAAUCGCAUCCGUCACAAUGUCUUUUGGGUUCAAUGUCUGUCUAAAGUUACUUGAUAUGCUCUUCAGUGCAACAGCUUGUCCUUUUUCAUUUAACUUUCGUUGGUUCAGGUAUCGCGAAUGUGGGAAGGCAAACCGUAGCGCAAUUGCAGCGAAGAACAUCUCGAUACAUAUCAAGAAAUCUUGACAGGCGCUCGCAAUCUUUCCUGAUGAAAUAUUGUUGUAUGUGCGAAUUAUACCAACGCUUUCAAAGAUUGCCAAUGUGAAACCU